AUGAACGACACACUUCGACUUGGCCUCAUAUUGGCCGCUUUUAUAUCCAAAUAUCUCGUAAAUUGCUCCAUUUUUGAAAAAGUAAGCUAAAAAUGUAUCAAAAAUAUUAAAAAUGUUAUUUGCAAGACUUAUCUUUUUUAAAUUUUCGAAAAAAAAAAUCAUUUUGAAAUUUUCCAAAAUUAAAAAAAAAUUAAAUCUAACAAAACUGCCAUUUUCAUUAAAACUUAACUCAAACUUGCUACUUCCAGGCCCACAAGCAACAAUGCCAACCAAUUCACAUCGAUUCUUGCAUGGAUCUACCAUACAACAGUACCAUUGCACCAAAAUCAAACAUAUUUGGCGAUGAACAAAGUGUAAGUUUAAUGGUCGAUAAAUCGACCGGUAAUGGUUCGAUCUAUACCAAUUUUGGUGAAGAGCAUGACUAUACUUAGUUUAGUCAUUGUACAAAAUUUGAGCUUAAAAUAUGAACUUUUAAAAAUUUACGCUUAAAUUUUCCGCCAAACCUGAACAAAGUGUAAGUUUAAAUGUUGAUAAAUAGACCGGUAAAGAUCCGAUCUUGUCUAAAUUUUGUGUAGAGGAUUCUUUUGGUAUACUUAAUAAUUGAAAAAAUUUUGAGUUCAAAAUAUGCACUUUUAAAAAUUCAUGUUCAAAUUUCCCGCCAAAAUUGGUAUUUGAAUUUUUUAAAAUUUUUGGUGAUAAAAUUGAUGUAAAAACCAAUUUGAGCCUUUAGGAGUCUUAAUUUUUAUUAUUUUGCUCUUAUUUUACCUAAUAAUGCAAUUGUUACCCAAAAUUUUAAAUUUUAAGAUUUUAAAAAAUUUUAAUUUUGAAAAUUAUAAAUUUAGCUAGAAGAACAAGUCCGCCACUUCAACCCACUGUUCAAGACCAAAUGCUCACCUCAUCUCAAGUUCUUGGUUUGUAGCGUUUUUGCUCCAAUGUGUCCACCAGAAAUCCCUCAGGCGGUCACAAGUUGUCGUUCAGUUUGUGAAGAGGUGAGUGUCAUUUUAAACAUUAUUUUUUCAUUUUUAGAAAUAUGUUGGUAUAGGAAACACUUUUUUUCUUGUUUUGUACAAACUUGACUAUAUUUUUGUUGUUGCGAAAUGUAAAAAAGUUGCAACGAAGUGUCAAAAAAUUUUAAUUUUUGCCAUUUUCUGAAUAUUGUUUUACAAGGAAAGUGCUCGACCUGCCCACUCUGAUUACUUCAAACUCUUUAUAUGAAAAGAUCAUGUAAAUAUAAGAUCUUAAGCAAAUUACUAAAUUACCCUUUCUAGUCAAUCUGAAGAAAACCAAGAUCAAAAACUUACGUUUUGAAUUUCCCGCCAAAUUGGCAUUGUGGUUCAAGCUUAUAACGUUGCCAUUUUUUGUCUUUUAAUCAUUUUUCUUUGAUAUACUAGUAUAAAACAUUUAAAUAAAUCUAAAUUUUUUAAUUUGUAAGCGUAACUUGUCUAGAAAGUAAAAAAAGUGCUUGAAACACAAUGCCAUAUUUUCCAAAUUGGUGAAGGCAUUGUGUUUUAAGCUUAUAACUUUGUCAUUUUUUGUCUUUUAACUAUUUUUCUUUGAUAUACUAGUAGAAAAUCUUUAAAUGAACCUACAUUGUUUAAUUUGUAGACGUACCUUGUCUAGAAAGUCGAAAAAAGGGCUUGAAACAGAAUGCCAACUUUUUCAAGUUGCUGGGGAUAAUCAAGUGUUUAAAAUUUUAAAAACACAUUUCUUUUAACCUGUUAUCUUAUUAUCUUGCUUUGUUUUUCAAAACUUUUAAAAAAAUCUAUGUUUUGUUACCUAAAAUCGAGACUUUUCUACCUAAAACAAUAUCCCUUACUAACUUUGUAGCUAAAACAAAGCUUUUCAGGUAAAACGUGACUGUGUGGCCAUAUUGACGGAGUUUGACAUAAAAUGGCCCAGUCUUCUCAACUGUACCAACUUUCCUCAGGAACCAGAGUUGUGUAUGAAGCCGGCUGAGGCUAGGAUGACUACUCUGUAAGUUGUUUUACCGUGUUAUCGCUGCUAUUUCCAGGCCUACCAGAGCACCAGUCUACAAUAAUCGACAAAGACAGAGUCAUAUUCACCCAAUCCCACAUCAGUUACCUUCAUGUCCAGCCGAUUUACUGAACCUGGACCCUACGGAUAGUAACAGUAAAUGUGCUCUACCAUGUAACCGACACUUUCUUUUCUCUCCAGUAAGUUUAGAUAUUAAUUUGAGUUUAGUUUAGAAAUAAGAAACUGUUGCUUUAAUUAGAAAAUACGAUUUUAUGAUUUUUUUCUGGAUUAUAAAAAAAGUUGACAUUUCGCUAUGGAUUUUUUAAAUUUAUGAUAAUUUGUUUGAAAAUGUUGCAAAACCUUGCCCAUUCGUAUUUUACAAAAAAAAUUAUUUUUGGUUUUUUACGAUUUUAAAUUAAAAGUUUUCCGAUGACGAAAUGUCAUAAAACCUCAGUUUGAUUUCAGCGCUUUAAAAUGCCAUUCCUUAAUAAAGUUUAUAUAUAAAUCAACUUUUUAAGACGUUUUAAGUACAAGACUACUACAAAAAACUUAAUUGUUAUUGCAUUUUAAUUUUUCCGUUGACGAAAUGUCACGACACCUUGUUUUGAUUUCAGCGCUUUUAAAGAUGCCAUUUAUUAAUAACGCUUGUAUAAAAAUUACCUUUUUAUUAAGCUUGUACACUAUAAGUUUAAAAAACCAACAUGUUACUGCAUUCUAAUUUUUCCGAUAACGAAAUGUCAAAAAUUUUGUAACACGAAAAUCUUCCAAAAACAAAAUUUUUUAAAUUCCAGUUAAAAGUGAAUUUUAAUUUUAAAGUUUCAUUUUUUAGGAAAAGAGCGAAUUAGCCGAGAGAUGGCUAUUAACCGGAGCUUUGAUCAAUGUUAUGGUAACUGCUUUUACAUUCUGCACAUUUUUAAUUGAUCGAGAACGGUUUAGAUUCCCGGAACGGUGAGUUUAAACGGAAAAAUGGUGAAAGCUUUCUUUAAAAGUCAAAAAAUGUUCCUAACUUUCUUUGCACACCAUAAAAUGGCAAGAAUUUUCUUUCCAAAAGCUAAAAUGAUAUUUAUCGUAUAACUUGUCACCCGCAGGCUACGAAUCUGUAAAAAAAUUAAUUUUUAUCAAGAAUAACUGUAAAUUUGCGUAUAUAUAUUUAAAAUGGCACGAAUUUUCUUUACAAGCCAAAAAGUGGCAAAAACUUUCUUUACAAAACAAAAAAUAGCAAGAACUUUCUUUACAGGUUAAAAAACGGCAAGAACUUUCUUUACAAAACACAAAACGGCAAGAAUUUUCUUUACAAGUUAAAAAGAUGCAAAAACUUUCUUUACAGAACAAAAAAUAGCAAGAACUUUCUUUCCAAGCUAGAAAAUGACAAAAACUUUCUUUCCACUUUCUCAAAUUUGAUAAAUGACAAAACAUUUUAAAAUGAGUAAUAAUUCAUGAUGAAAGUAAACCCAGAAGCCUUAAAAAGUGAUUUGAAAGGCGUCAAAAGUAAUGUUAACGCCUCGCAGCGACUUCAAAGGGAAACGCCGCUGAUAAAUGGGAGGGCGCGCGGCCAUAAAUCUCGCCAAAAAACGACAAUAAAUUAUUACGACAUGGGUUUCUGAACAUACGACGGCUUUUUUGAACAAUAAUAUUUUGAGAGUUUUGAUUUAUAUGGUAUAAAAUGGCAUGGAUUUCUUUUAAAGAUGAAAAAAUGGCAAGAACUUAGUUUAUGAAGAGUAAAAAUGGAAUUUAUCGUAUAACUUGUCACUGGCAGGCUGCAAAACUAAAUUAGUUUUUUUGUUUAAGAAUGGCAAGAACUUUCUUUACAAAGCAAAAAAUGCUUCCUAUAGUAUUACUUGUCACUCGCAGGCUGCCAACUGGCAAUUUGCCGAAUUUUACAAAAAAAAAUGGCAAGAACUUUCUUUACAAAUCAGAAAAUGGCAAAAACUUUCUUUACAGAAUGAAAAAUGGCAAGCACUUUCUUUACAAAACAAAAAAUGGCAAGAACUUUCUUUACAGAAUAAAAAAUGGCAAGAACUUUUUUACAAAACAAAAAACGUGAACUUAUUGUAUGAUUUGCCACCGGUCGACUGCAUUGACCGGAUUUAUCGUAUUUUACAAACAAACGGCAAGAACUUUUUUUCAAAACGAAAAAUACUAUUUACCGUAUAACUUGUCAUCUGCAGGCUGCAAAACUUAUAAAUUUCUCUUUAUUUCAGGAUUGCAAAAACGACGCUAGGACAAAUGCGGUUUUUGGACAUUUGCGGAUUUUUUAAUGGGGUUUUUUAAAUUUUUUAGUUAAUUUAGUUGUAGUAUGGUAGUAAAUGAUACUAAAGUUUAAAUUGGUACUGUUUUAAUAUGUUUUAGUGCUACAUAGUAAUAAAUUUUAAAUUGGUACUGUUUUAUAUUUUUUGGUACAGAAUGGUACUAAAAGCCCAAAAAGGUACUGUUAUUUUAAAACCGCACCAAUUUAAACUUUAAUACAAUUUAGUACCAUACUACAACUAAAUUAACUAAAAAAUAAAAAAAAACCUUUGAAAAAUCCGCAAAUGUCCAAAAACCGCAUUUGUCCUAGCGCCGCAAAAACUUCCUUACAAAACAAAAAAUGGCAAGGACUUUCUUUAAAAUCUCCCUAAGACCAACUUUCAAAACUAUUUUUAACUUUUAGAUCCGUAUUUUACAUUGCCUUAUGUUCUCUGACAUCUUCGUUACCGUACCUCAGCCGUUACUUCUUAUCAUACGAACAGACCGGCUGCGACCAAAUGCCGACCGGUCGAUUAUUUUUGGUCCAUGCUGGACUUGACAAUACUGUCUGUGUGUUGUCGUUCCUGUUCAACUACUAUUUUGGAAUGGCAGGCUGCGUUUGGUGGCUUAUGUCGACGUUUAUAUGGUAAGCUUGUUACAAUAAUACUUAGGGGUGGAUUACUGUAAUUUUUAGUAAAUUGAGGUUUGAAUUGCUUUGUUUUUUAAAAGUUUUUUAAUUUUUUUUAUUGUGGCCAUUUUAAAAUGAAAAAUUGAAAAUCAGGGUUUUCGUGGUACGACCUAAACUAUAUUAUUUUUUGUGGAAAAUACGUCACAAAUUACGGCUUUCUGUAAAGCAAACUGUAAAAUUUACUUAUUAUUGGCAAGUUUAGCCAACAGCAGAAAAUCAAGGUUUUCGUGGUAAGACCUAAAGUUCCUUAACGUUCUUACCUUCGGUCCCAGCACGAAACCCUUCCAAUUCCACAUUUUCUUCAAAAACUAAAAAACGGCUGACACAAUCUCAUUAAAAUGGGUAUUUGUGGUCGAAAAGAUGGUGAGAGACUUUCUUUUGGGACAUUUUAAUGCAAUUUGAACGGAAAAACAAUAAAUUCCAUUAAAAGGACAUCUUGUUUUAAUGCGAUUCGCUCGAUGCCCGCAGGGAAAGUAAACAAAAAAGAUUGGUAUUGGAACUGGGUUUAGCUAUAAAGUGCAAAAUUUAAAUUUAGUUUAUAAAAAAUGGCAUAAUUUGAGUUUUAUUUUAAAAAAAAGCAAAAUUUUUGGAGAAGUUUGGGAUUUUUGGAGAAAUUUUUACUAUUUUUCAUCAACAUAACGUUGAAAAUUAAAAUAAAUUAUUAGAAAAAUACAAGGAUAAAUGUUUUCUCUAUCUAUUAGAUCAAGCUUAAUGCACGCAUAUACUCAAAAACGAAAGUUAUGAUCAAUAUAUUAUUGUAGGUAUGAAUAAAAGUAAUUUUUUUUUAAUUUUAUGCCAUUUUUCAUUGACAAAGUGUUAAAAAUUAAAACAAAUUUUUAUUAAAAGACAAUUAUUAAUGUUUUCUGUACUUACAAAAUUAAUUAUCAUGCAAAAAAAGACUCAAAAACAAAAGUUAUGAUCAAUAUUGUUGUAGGUACCAAAAAAAUACACUUUUUUAAAAUUUUAUGCCAUUUUUCAUUGAGAUAACUUUAAAAAAUUGAAGCAAUUGAUGAUUAAAAGAUAAUUACUGAUGUUAUCUUUAUCUACUACAUUAAGUUUUAUUCAAGAAAAGGCCCAAAACCAAAUGCUAUGAUCAAUAUGUUGUUGUAGGUACCAGCAAAUAUCAAACCUUUUUAAAUUUGAUGCCAUUUUUUGUUAUCAUAACGUUGAUAAUUAAAACAAAUUUUAUUAGAAUAUAAUUAUUAAUGUUUUCUUUAUCUAAUGAUACAAGUUUAAUUCACAAAAAGGUCCAAAACAAAAGUUAUGAUUAAUAUAUUGUUGUAGGUACCUAUCAACAGCCAGGAAGUGGGUCCAAGAAGAAAUCGAAAAGAGAGAAGUUUACUUACACUCAGUAGCUUGGGGGUUGCCAGCGAUACCUUCAAUUACUAUUUUGAUUCUUCAAAAGGUGGGAAGGAGCUUUCUUUAAAUUUUUUUUAUUUUUCAAUUUUUUAAAAAAAAAAUUUUUUAAUAUUAUAUUAAUGUAAAAUACGCCAAAGUAUCUAUGCCUGUUUUAAAAUGUGUGACAACUGUUGCUUUGACAGAAAUAACUUUUCAGGUAGAUGCAUCUGAACUGAUAGGAAUCUGCUCCGUGGGGAAUCUAAAUCCGUAUACGCUGCUGUCAUUUGUGUUAAUACCAAGGUUAAUAUUGGUGUUCUUUGGUAGUUGUUUUAUCAUAGCUGGCUUCUCGAGUAUGUGUGGAGAAAGGAAGUCUUUCAAGCGACGGGUAAGUGAAUAAACUUUCUUUACAAACCAGUUUAAAACUUAUUUUUGUAAAAAAUGGUUUCGUGCUGGCUGUGAUAAGGGUAGGAUAAUAUAAGGCGAAGUAUGUUAUAGUAGGGUACAACGGAGUAAUGGUUAUUUACAAAAACUUUCUUUCCAGGGCACGGACACCUCAAGACUAGACACAUUACUCUUCAAAAUGGGUUCUUUUUCAACCUUGUACAUCGUACCUACCGUAAUCCUAUGUAUAUGUGACAGUUACCAUGUGUUCGUGCUAACCAAAUGGUACCCAACUACAAUUGAUUGUAAAAGAAAUGGCGGUGCUUCACAUUGCCCGAGGGCUGAACAACCACAAGCCGAGGUUUACAUGUUAGCGUUGGCUAUGAGUCUGGCUAGCGGAUUGGCAACUGGGUUGUGGAUUCUGAGCUCAAAAACUUUGAAGUAGGUUUGGGAUAAGUGAAAGCUAUAUAAGAUAGGUUGUGGCAUUGUAUGAAAGAAACUGUUUGGUCUUACCACGAAAACCCUGGUUUUCAAUUUUGUUGUUUAAAGGGCUUGAAAAUGUAAAAUACGCUUCAUUAUACCAUUUGAAGUGUAAUAUAUUGCUGUUUAUUACAAAAAAAGUAAUUUUUUGGACCCACCACGAAAACCCUGAAUUUCAAUUUAUGAUUUGAAAAAGCUUUAUUAUUGUAAAAUAGGCUUUAGUGUAUCAUGAUUUCAAAUAUAAUAUUUUUUAUUCAUUCAUUGCAAAAUAUUAAAAAUGUUUGGUCUCACCACGAAAACCCUGAGUUCAAUUUUUUGGUUGAAAGACCUCGAUUUUUUAUGGGUUUUAAUUAUAAUGUCUUGCGAUUUACUACAAAAAUCAUUUUAAAAAUUAGUCCUACCACGAAAACCCUGAAUUUCAAUUUAUGAGUUUAAAAGACUUAACUACUAGAUAAGACUUAACUGCAUUGUAAAAUACGGAUUGUGGCAUGUAAUUAUGGUAAAAUACAAAACUUUUUUUGUACGAGAAAAAUAUAUUUACAUAUAUAAUAAAAACAAAAUGGUAGGUCUCACCACGAAAACCCUGAAUUUCAAUUUUUGGUUUCAAAAGGCUUUAUUAUUGUAAAAUACGCUUCUUCUCUUUUUAUGUAAAAAAAAUUUUUUUUUAUGUAUAUCGCAAAAAAAUAUUGGUCCCACCACGAUAACAUUCAAAAAUUUUUUUAUCUGCAGAUCCUGGCGCCGAGUGUUAUGUUGUGGUAACCUAGAAGACGAUCCAAGCCUGGACAAGCCUCUACUUUUGCCAUCGCAAACAUAUGUUGCUGCUGCUCAACCUCAGCAACAUCAGAUGGUGACUCAGAUGAUACCAAAUGCAAUAAACGGGGUGAACCACUACAUACCAUUGUCAGUGAUGACGAAUGGGCAGGGUAGUAAUUUGGGCAGUUCGAGGCAGGGUUAUCAUGAGCAUUGGAAAAAUUUGAAUGGAGUAUGA